UUUUACACGAGAGAAAGACAUGCGAAUAAAUGAAGAGAAAAAGGUUUUGGAAAGCAAAUGUGAAAGAGCAAAUAAUUUGUUAAAGAGGAAAAAGAAGUGUCAAAAGUUACUGGUGGUACCUACAAUGCCCUCUCAUGUUAGGAUCAUUGAUGAAACUACUAAGGAAGCUGCGGUGGUGGACCCCGUCGAGCCACAUAAGGUGCUUAGAGUUGCUCAAGAGAACCAAGUUGACCUCAAAUUUGUUCUCACCACUCAUCACCACUGGGAUCAUGCUGGAGGGAAUGAUGAAAUAAAACAGCUUGUUCCUGGAAUAAGAAUUUAUGGUGGAUCAGUUGAUAAUGUGAGGGGUUGUACAGACAGUUGAAAAUGGUGACAAGGUAUCCCUUGGUGCUGAUAUCAGCAUCUUAUCUCUUCACACACCAUGGUACUGAUAUACAGGACGACACAUCUGCUCAGUAGGACAACAUUCGUAUCAGCUUAUUGGUGAGCCCCAUCUCAUUCGGGGUUUAGUCAACUUUUGUUUUAUGAUUAAUUAUGCAUCUAAAGGUAUGCUGGGGGCCUUGUCCCAGUAAGUAUGUUUUUCAGUCAGACUCAUGAUAGAGGUUUCAUAGACUAGACAAGUCAGUUAUGUCAUGUCAGACAUUUGGAGUCGUAUAGCCAUUUUGGCUCACUCAUGCUUAAACAAGUAUUUUAUUAAGUAUUAUGACU